AUGAAAUUUUGGAGAUUUGUUCAAAUUCUCUUUUUCUUAGGUGUAGCUGCCGUUGGCCUUGUAGUUGCAGUAAUGAUCGCCAAUGCUGACGAUACAACGUUAUUCGAUAGAAUGCAAUUACCAGAUGGAGAUCCAAAUAAGCUUAAUUAUUAUAUACAACCUGCUCCAAAUGGAAAUGAAAAGGUUCCAUUUCCAACAAUAUUCGACCCAGCUUCCGUUUAUUUAUCUUUAGUUGUUCCUGCAUAUAAUGAAGAAAAACGACUUCCAAAAAUGCUUGAUGAAACGCUUAAUUAUCUUAAAUCACGCGAAGAAAAAGACAAAUCAUUUACAUGGGAAAUCGUUAUUGUCAAUGAUGGCUCCAAAGAUAAAACAAAAGAAGUUGUUUUGAAUUAUGCAAAGGAAUAUCCUAACAUUUUCUUACUUAAUCAACCAGUAAACAUGGGCAAAGGUGCUGCAAUUCAAGCUGGCUGCCUUCACGUGCGCGGUGAACUUGUUUUAAUGCUUGAUGCAGAUGGUGCUACAAAGAUUGAUGAUUUCGAAGUACUCGAGAAAGAGAUUAAGAGUCUUAUGAAAACUACAAACCAGGCAAUAGUUAUUGGCUCAAGAGCUCAAAAUGAAAAAGCAAAGAGAACACCUCUUCGUAAAUUCCUUAGCAUUGGAAUGCAUACUCUUAUUGUUCUUAGCGGUGUUCAUGGAAUCCGCGAUACACAAUGCGGAUUCAAGCUUUUCACACGUGAAUCUUGCAAGAUGAUUUUCAUGAAUCAACAUGUUCAGCGCUGGUGCUGCGAUCCAGAGAUUCUUGUCAUUGCUAGGCGCUUAGGAAUGAAAAUUUCAGAGCUUCCAGUUGAAUGGAACGAAAUUGACGGAAGCAAGAUGAAGAUUUCAGGUAUGAUAAAGAUGGCAACUGAUCUUAUCAAAAUUGCUAUCUUCCAUCGUGUUGGAGCAUGGAAAAUUCGUGACAGAAGACAUUAA